AUGUUGCACAAAAAAAGCACCUUAAAUGCUGUAAUUGGACGCUAACUUGGAUGAUGGUCCAUACAGGUACAACAUCCCGGUGUGUUCGUCUAUCCUGCUCGUCCAAGAGCGGUAAAAACGGAUCAUCGUCCACCAGCAUAAGCCGCUUAAUAAACGGAACGUCGUUCAUUAUAAUAAUAAUUUAAGAUUGGCCUGAGCUACAACCCAAACAUAUCGCACGAUAGUGCAUCAAUUUAUAGAUGGUUACAGGGGUUUCCAUCCUUCACUAAAUUCGGCGUCAUUUAAUACGCCCCACUAGUUUACUCUGGUUAUUGUCGCAUUUUCUCAGGCACUUUCAGUCACCACACAGGAAAAGAAAAACAUAAAGAGAAACAAUUAACCACAAGGCGCCGCCAUUGCUCCAGGUAAAACAAUCUUGUCCUGGAACUAUGAUAACAAACGUCACCAUGGGGAUCUAGGCAGUAACCCUGGAUCUCAUCACCAUGACGUCAUCACAAAGCUUAUUAGACACAUGACUGUGAUGUAGAGCCAUGUCCCCCUUUUCUGGCUGUCAUCAUGGCUAAACCUGACUGUGGGCUAGAGUCAUUUUACUCUGGCGAUCCCAUCCUCACAAAUCAUCGUAGCGAUAGAACGAUGUACUAGAGCCACAACUGCCGGGACCUCGACCCAAGAUUGAAAUAAGUGGGGGCAAAAAGGCUAGUCGGCCCCAAUGCGGCACUGAACCAAGCCAAAGGGAAAGGAAAAUGGAUCCCCCGGAGAACAAUUACUCCCUAAAGCAAAACGUGCAACUCCUACAGUAUCAGACGGAGAAGUUCAGACAGUUGUGGACUAAGGGGAGCGAGUGUUUCGAAGAGCUCAAGCAUUACUACAUCCAGCUCAAUGAGGAGUGGCAAACCCAGUGGCUGAAUCGGGAGGAGACCAUCGCCUCCUACCUGAGACACCUGGAGCUGGACUACAUCAAACUGUUAGAGGAAUACGCCAAACUGUACAACACACGGGACGCCAACGAGAGGAUUUUACUGAAAACCAACGCUGACUUACACAAGUGUAAUGUCGAGCUCAAGCAAUACCACGUGCAGCUUAACGAAGUCUGGCAAACCCGCUGGAUCAAACGGGAGAAGAGCAUCGCCUCGCAAGUCAGCUAUCUGGAGGCAGACAAUAGAAUGCUGGUGAUGGAAAAAGCAGAGGUGUCCCACCGCAUGAAGGCCAACGAGAAAAUGUUCUUGAAAACCAAGGCCGAACUGUACAAAACGAGCUUGGAGCUGGAGAAACUGAAAGCCUCCAAAGACUCUCUGUCGUUGGAAAUGUCUGAAAAGGAGUUGAACUGGAAGGGAGAGAAGGACAAACUGCUCAAAGAACGACAGGAAUUUCUAGAAAACGUCAAGCAGUUUGAGCGCUUGAUCCUGCGUGUGGAGAUUGCUGUCAGAACGAUGGAGGAAUGGACAAAACUGAAAAAGGGGGACAAAAGAGCCAAGAAUGAGGACCAAGACUGUGUCAUGGAGCAGGAUGGAAUAAGGGAAGGAGGCGAUGACAAUCUAGCAGAGAGAGACAACAGCAAUAGCGAGGCCAGUCAUGAAGAGGACAAGGAAGAGGUCGACAUAGAGGACGAAGAGGAACAAGACGACGAGGAAGCCAUGGACAAAGUGGAAGAGAGUGGUGAGGAGGAAGAAGAGAGUGGCAUGGACGAAGAGAGUGACGAGGAUGAUGACAAGAGUGAUGAGGAGGAAGAGAGUGAUGAGGAAGAAGAGAGCGACGGGCAAGAAGAGCCUUACGAGGAGGAAGAGAAUGCCGGCGAGCAGGACUGCGAAGGCGAUGAUGAAGAGUGGGAAGAUUGUGACGACGACGAGUGGGAAGACUGCGACGAUGAACAAGAGGAGGAGUACCAGGAGGAGGAAGAUGAUGAACAAGAGGAAGAGGGGGAAGAUGGUGACCAGGAGGAAGAGGACGAGGGUGACCAGCAAGAAGAUGGGGAAGAAGAGGAAGACCAGGAGGAUGGAGAAGAGGAUGAGCAAAAGGACAAGGAAGGGGAUGAUGGUGACCAAGAAGAAAAGGUUGACCAAAAAGAUGGAGAACAGGAAGAGGAUGACUCAAAGGGGGGAGUAGAUCGUGAUCAAGAAGAAAAGCAAGCAGAAGAUGACAAUAAUCUUGACAAACCGGGUCAAGAGGACACCACGGAGGAGGUGAAAGAAGAUGAUAGCAAGGAGGGUGAAGAUGGUCCUAAACCGGAUGAAGAGCAAGAGGGGAAAGAGACAGACAAGACAGAGGAAGGGCUGAGUGAAGAGAGUCCCAAUGAAGAUGGGAAAGAGAAGGGAGAAGAAGAGGGGAAAAAGGAGGAAGAAAAUGAGCCAGGUUCUGGAAGUGUCACUGAGGAAAAAGAGAGUGACAAGGCGGAGGGAGAGGAAGACGGGAAAGAGAGUGAAGAGGGUGAGAAAGAGGGUGCAAAGGAAGAGGGAGAGAGUGUGACUGAGGAGACGAAAGGAGUGGAGGAUGAGAGCGUGAAGGAGGAUGAGGGGAGCGUCAGCGAGAUGAGAGAGGCUGACGAGAAGACAGAUGGGGAGGAGAGUGUCACAAGAGAUGGCAAAGAGAUGGGUGAGGAAGAGAGUGUCAUGGUAAACGAGGAGCCAGUCACCGAGGCGACGCAGGGGGGUGAGGAAGAGAGUGUUUCGAGUGAUGCCAAAGAGAGUGAGGGAGGUGACAAAGAGAGUGCGAAGGAAGCAGAGGGAGAGAGUGUAGAAGAGAGUGAAAAGUCAGAGGACGGCACUCCCAAGGAACAAGAGGGGAGGGACGGUGCCGGCGGCGAGCAGAGGGGGAGUGACCAAAAGGACGAGAGAAAGGAAGAGAGUGCCAAAGAGGACGGGGAAACUGUUGUUGAGGGGGAAGAUGACGUGCCGAAAGAAGGGGAACAGGAGGGGUUGAAGGAACAGAUUGCCAAAGAAGACGGAAGUCAGAGUGACAAGAUGGAGGAGAGUGACAAAAAGGAAGAGGCAAAGGAAGACAGUGCCAACACGAAAGCGAGUGUUGAUACCGAGGGGAAAGAGAGUGACACAAAGGAGGAACAGAAGACGGAGGGUGCCAAAGGAGUCGAGGAAGAGAUUCUUACUGAGACCUUAAAGAGUGACACGUUGGAGGAAGUCAUGGAGGGUAGUUCAGGGACGGAGGAGGCGAGAGACAGUUCAAAGGAGGAGAGGAGUGAUAGCAGUGUGAAAAUGUGUGUCAGGGUGGCGGAGGACAGAAAAGAGGAAGAGGGCAUCACACCAAAGGAGGGCGAGAGAAGAGAAAGCUACUUUGAAAGAAUGAUCAGCCGCCUCACCGAGAAAGACAAGGAGGAGAGGCGAGAGCGGGUGAGGCGAGAGGAGGAGCGGCUCGAACGGGAGAAGAGAGACCGUGGGAGUCGGGAAGAGGAGAGCGAAGAGGACGAGAGGUGGAGAAAAGAACGCAGGAAGGAAGACGAGGCCGGGGAGGGGGAGGAGAGGGACUGACCAGCAAAAGAGGUCAGGUGGCACCAAGUGGAAGAUAAGGAAGUGCGCGAAACGAGCGGGCAUCUCCCAGGACCACUAAGUCUUGUCACUGUUCAUGCCCACCAACAGAUGAUUUUUUUUUCUUUUUCUCAAAUUUUUACACCUCUUUCGCGCGAUUCAGACAUUGCAGCCUCCCGCCCACGUUUCCCCACUGUGAAAGUUGGAGGCUUCUUUUGGUGAUCUGUAAUCACUUUUCCAAUCUGCCUGGAGGAGGGGAAAAAAAAGGAAAAAAAAAGAAAUCUAAUUUGACAAUGAGGUAAUGAACCCGUGAAGCCAUUAUCUUUAGAUAAACCGUUUCAAAAGACUGGUUGAACACUGAUGGAAAUUCUAUUCAACAUCGCUGGGCUGAUUUCUCUAUUUGGUGUGGGAAGAAGGAGCCCUUUCCACGAUUGAGAAUUUACGUUCAGUAUUUAAAGUUACCAGUUAUCAUUAUUCCAAGGAGUGUCAGACCUCUGAGCAAUACCUAACUAUAGAAAAGACACAGUCCGAGACUAUUGGCGGAUAAAGCCGACGAAUACCUCUUUCCAAAUACCCGAUUCCCUUGAUGUCAGAGUCCGGUAGCCUUCGAUCAAAACUUUUGGAUUUUGAUUAUUAUUACUAGCCUUGCAUCGCUGCAGAUCCAGAUUUUGCUAGUCUGUGAGGAUAACGUCUUGGAAAAUGGACGGAUGCACGUGGUCCUCUGACCAUUUGACCCAAAUCACAAUCCUCCACACCGCCCCGAGAACCAGAUCUUAGUAUUUCCAUUGCACACAACCAAAAUCUCCCAUCCAAUCAUUCAACAAGCAGUUGUUGAUAGUCUCGUGGUAUUUAUCAAACUCAGUUCAGAACCAACGAAACAUCAGACAUUCCCAAACCUGGUUUGUGAGGGAUGCUGUUCUUAACCACUCGGAAUUCUCCUUGGUAAAAUCCAUCAACCUGUUUUUGCCAAUAACCAAAACUGUCCGCUCUGGGGAUUCCCAACUACUGUAUUUGGAGUCCAUAAAACACCUCCCAAAGGUGCACAGCAAGGAUCUGUACUCAGCCCCGUCCUCCAACUCCCUCUUCAAUGACAUAUUUGGUCAUGGCGUUCGCGGAUUACGCAAACAUUGGUGCAUUAUGGACAGAAGAGUUGAGAGGUGCAAAAACCUACUGUCUUGGAUUGUGGAGCUGCUGUAAUGUGGAAGACUUUUCAUUGUGGUCUGCCACCUACUUUUAAAAACAACGUCCAAAUAUCCACUAAGAUCCCGCCAAAAACGAGCGACUAUUCGCACACCGCCCUCAAUUUAUUCUCCUAGCAUUUGUUUAUCAUUUUUUUAUUGUUGUUGGAUAAAUGGACUGAAUUCAGAGUUGUCUUUGACUUUUACGGACACAAAUAAACAAUGUGAGCGAACAUUAAAUGUGGUUAUUACACAGGAAAAGGGAGAAAGGAAGCGCCGAUGUAAUGUUUAUGAAAGAACCUUGGGUCUUACCACGUGGCUAUUCGAGCUGUUUCAACCUGAAAUUACCCAUCAUGGCCCGGGGCUCCAAACACAUCAAUCCUGAAAUUUCGAAAUGUUCAAAUGUGAAAGCCCCGUGCGCUUCCAUGUGAUAUUUAUCAGCUUCUUGGAUGCAUGUCGGCCUUUAUUUGUUCCGCGCUUCCUUGUGUAUUCAUGACAUGAAUAAUGGCGGGGAUGCUAAUCAGACGGCAGACCCCAGAGCGGUCCCAGAGCGUCCCGCUGGAAAACCAAUCAUCCGCGUGGCCUUCUUAGCAAGCAACCGACCCUCCUCCAGACGAGAUUGCACUCGAGGAGCGCACCCUCUCCAUUUUGCAUAGUGCCGGACUAACCACAGGCACUGAUUAGAAGCAUCCUCCCCACUGAUACGCGGCGUUGUGUCUUGAUUUUAAUGAACUUCGCAUUAGUCUGGAGCCUCUCCGCACCACGUACACUUGCCUCUACUUGCCCCCUCGUA